AAGUCCUUCCUCUCACCUACAAUGAACAUGAAGGUUGUUAUCCUGCUGGCGUGCGUGGCCCUCGUUGCCGCCGACUCGCGCCCCGCCUACUCCUACGACGCCCCCUCGUCGGAGGAAUCCGCUGAGGCCAAGUACGACUUCCAGUGGGCCGUGAAGGACGACUACUCCGGCAACGACUUCGGCCACCAGGAGUCCCGCGACGGCGACAACACCCAGGGGUCCUACUACGUGCAGCUCCCCGACGGCCGCCUGCAGAAGGUGACGUACUACGUGGACGGCGACUCCGGCUACGUGGCCGAGGUCAGCUACGAGGGCGAGGCUCGCUAUGACUCCGUCGAGUCCCGCGAGGACGUCUACGCCCCACCCAGACCCGUGUACGGCUGAGGACGCUGCUCUCCCUUCUCGCUCUCCCUGAAGGACGCUGCUCCUUCAUCUCGAUCUCCCAACAGGAUGCUGAUUCUUCAUCUGAAGAGCCACUGACUUGGAGGCCGAUGCUCCUCCCUUGGCUCCCUUGGCUGUGCAGGAACUUCCUCAUGACAGAUGCAGUAUUUAUGAUAUGCAUGUGAUGUACAUACCGAUCUCUCUCUUAUAUCGAUAAUCAAUAAAUUAUUUUUGCAAUAAU